CUUCCUGUGAGACGAAGAGAAUUUCGUUUUAUUGAUUUUGAAGAAAUAAACGUUUGUGUAAAAACCUUAUCUUCAAUGAGUUUGAUUUUCAACGUAUAUUCACGAGGUUUAUGUUAAUUAAUUUGCAAACAUCUUUGUUUCCACUGAGCUAUGACAUUUUGGAGAAAUCUGUUUUAUCAUAGUAUCUGACCCCCGCUUAAAAGACUAAAGUAGCCGAAUGAUUUGCCGAAUAACAAGAAAAUAGAAUCUGUAUGGUGAAUUGGUAGCUGAUUACUACGAGGAGUGAAAUAAAAAUCAAUGAAUCGCGAAUUCUAUGACAGUUCCGAUGACGAUGACAUGGAAAGUCAGUAUCAAGUAGAUCCAGAAUGUUUAGUGCUCACCAGGCCAGAUAAAGACAUGCACAACAGGUGCUGUGGUGGUAAAGCAUGGUGUAUAAAGGAUAUCUGUGGUAUAAUAUGUGCUGUGUUAACAUGGCUCUUGAUCCUGUAUGCAGAGUUUGUGGUGAUGAUGGUCAUGUUACUGCCCGGCCUCUCAAGUUAUCCCAUAUAUGGAUAUGUUAAUAUUUUCAUAUUCCAAUGUUUGGCGUUCUUAGCUUUUGCAUCACAUCUCAGGACCAUGUUCACAGACCCUGGUGCAGUUCCAAAAGGCAAUGCAACGAAAGAAAUGAUCAAGCAAAUGAGUUUCCGUGAAGGUCAAGUUAUAUUCAAAUGCACAAAAUGCUGUAGCAUCAAGCCAGAGCGUGCACAUCACUGUUCGGUAUGUCAGCGAUGCAUCAGGAAGAUGGACCACCACUGUCCGUGGGUCAACAACUGUGUUGGAGAGAACAAUCAAAAAUAUUUUGUUCUGUUUACAUUUUAUAUUGCGGCAAUUUCGGUACAUUCCUUGACGCUGUCAGUAUACCAAUUCGUGACGUGCAUCCGACAUGAGUGGCGAGACUGUAGCACAUACUCCCCGCCUGCCACCGUUGUGUUACUUCUGUUCCUCAUUGCGGAAGCCCUGUUGUUCGCGAUCUUCACAGCAGUCAUGCUUGGGACGCAGUUGCAUGCUAUAUGGAAUGAUGAAACUGGAAUUGAACAACUAAAAAAGGAACAAGCGCGAUGGGUCCGCAAGUCAAGAUGGAAGAGUAUACAAUCAGUUUUCGGACGCUUCUCAAUCCUCUGGUUUUCACCCUUCACCCAGCCUUCGCCCAAAACUAAGCUGGAGAGCUACUUAUACAGUGUAUAAUUUGUGUAAGUAAACGUGUCACUCUGUGUACUUGUUGCACAUGCACACAAUUAUUGGAGCGUUCUCAUUCGCUGCGUGUACAGGCUUCAUUUGGCCUUCAUUUUUAUGCAUUAUAAUGUAUUUUUCAUAUCAAAAAAUUGGCUAAAACUACGCCAAUGUAAGCAAUACAAUUUAUUUAACUUUUAAUGUACUAUUGUAUCAUCAUUUUGCUAUGUGAUUUUUAAUAUAAAUAUUGGCAUAAGAUUUAAUUUUAUAUUAUUACAAAAUGUUUUCUAAUAUACACAAAUGACUGAUAUCGAAAUUAAUGUGAGAACAAUCUAAUAAUAGGGAACCAAACAACUGCAUUUACUUUAUUUGUUACAAAUAUCAAUCACAAAUUUGGUUAUAUGAAAA